AUGCGCAGUGCUUUGUCAAACCAACAGCGUAAGGAAUUCAGCAUUCCAGCUAAAGAUGACUUGGGGGCAUUGGGAAACAGAAUCAAUGCUGAAACGAGACAAAUCCAUGAUCAGAUCGACUCGUUUGUGACAAUGAAAUUUGCUAUUGCAUUGAGAAACCAAAGGGUCUACAGACAGGGGCUGCAGGCCUUUUAUCAUAUCUUCCACCAUAUUGAGAUUGCUCUUGAACGUGAGAUGGAAAAAGAUCAUGAAUAUUCUCAGAUCAUCAAAGAUAUUUACAAGCCUGUUCUUUGCAGAACAGAGCCUCUCCGCAAAGAUCUGAUGUACUUCUACGAAGGACAACCACAGAAGUUUGAGAAUCCCGUCCUGCCCCUUCAAAUCGAGUACGCGCAAUACAUUCUCGAAAGCACCAAAGAAAAGCCUUACCUUCUUUUGGCGUAUAUGCAUGUGAUGUAUUUGGCAUUGUUUGCAGGUGUCAAAAUCCUGAACUCACAAGUGAUGAAAUCACUCAGAUUGUUUCCAAAGGUCAAAGGCAAAUCCCGUGAUGAUGCUUUGAAGAGAGGUACAAAUUUCUUCACGAUUGAUGUGCCUGAUACUGAGGAAUUGAGAGCUGUCUACAAAAGAGACUAUGAGUUGCAAACAAGAAACAACUUGUCGGAGGAUAUCAAAAGGGAAAUAAUUGAGGAGUCAAAGUACAUCUUUGAGAUGACAGGUAGGAUUAUAAAAGAGAUUGAAGCGCACAACAUGGCAAAGCUUCAAACAAGUGUGACCUAUCAGAUAAAGAACAGUGCCCAGUACGUGAUUACCGCUAUUUUGAUGCUUUCGGUUUGUUAUUUCGCUAAGAAUAUGGUCGCGCACAUCCUUCUUAAAUAA